GUCAGCCAUGGCUGCGCUCGCUGUCUGCCUCCUGUGCACCCUGGCAAUAAUGGCGCGCUCUGCCCCGGUGGCCUCUCUGGGUGGUCCAGAGCCAGCUCAAUAUGAAGAGCUGACCCUGCUCUUUCACGGGGCCCUGCAGCUCGGCCAGGCCCUCAACAGCGUAUACAGAGCCACAGAGGCUCGCCUGACAGAAGCGGGGCACAGCCUGGGCCUCUUUGACCGAGCACUGGGACUUCUGGGCACAGAGGUCAGCCAGGGCCGGGAUGCGACACAGGAGCUUCGCAACAGCUUGUCAGAGAUUCAGGUGGAAGAGGACGCUUUACAGCUUCGCUCAGAAGCCACAGCCCGAUCGCUGCGGGAGGUGGCCCAGGCCCAGCAGGCCCUGCGGGACACAGUACGGAGACUACAAGUCCAGCUGAGAGGCGCCUGGCUCGGCAAAGCCCACCAAGAAUUUGAGACCUUAAAGGAUAGAGCCGAUAAGCAGAGCCACCUCCUAUGGGCUCUCACCGGCCACGUGCAGCGGCAGCAGCGGGAGAUGGCGGAGCAGCAGAAGUGGCUGCGACAGAUCCAGGAGAGGCUCCACACGGCAGCCCUUCCAGCCUGAGGCUGACCUGGGUGUCACUGAGGACCGGUCACCUGGAAAGGAACAGUGAGCGCGCUCCCUGAAGGCCCUGAGCAGGGUGGACAGAGCUGGCUGCCCCUCGGCUGGGCGUGGCUAGUGCUCCCUGCUUCCUGACAGAGCAGAGACAGAAGCAAGCAGGCCGGAUGGAAGACAGAAGACAGAGCCCCGUGGAGGGGGGCUGGAGAAGGGCACGAACCCCUCUAUGUCCCCCCCAAUAAAACAGAAUGGAAGCAA